CAUGCGCAAGUACAUGGACAUUAUUUUUUUCUAAGGGUCUCCAUGCGACGUUUGUGCACUUCCUUUGACGUAUUCGUUGCUUAUUUUGCGUCCGCGUGUCUCAGAAGUGGCCUGAAUGCUCCUAGUUUAAAACUGGACAGCCUCGCAAAGCCUUCUGCUGAGGCGACGGCAGCCGCAUUGAUGGUACAUUGACUGCAGUGCGGGGCGGCUGACGGAACGUCCUUCGACUUGUGAUUUCCACAUUAAAGAUGUGACGUACGUGUGCUUGUUCGGACAUAUCCAGGCUGUGAAACAAGGAUGAGGAGCCGCAGUAAUUCGGGAGUGAGGCUGGAUGGGUAUGCCAGGCUGGUCCAGGAGACGAUUCUAUGUCACCAGAACCCAGUGUCAGGGCUGCUGCCUGCCAGUGCCCAGAAAAAAGAUGCCUGGGUGAGGGAUAAUGUGUACAGUAUUCUGGCGGUGUGGGGGCUGGGCAUGGCAUAUCGCAAGAAUGCCGACCGGGAUGAGGACAAGGCCAAGGCCUACGAACUAGAGCAGAGUGUGGUCAAACUGAUGCAAGGACUGCUGCGUUGCAUGAUGAGGCAGGUUGCCAAGGUGGAGAAGUUCAAAUGCACCCAGAGUACCGAGGAUUGUUUGCAUGCAAAAUAUGAUACCCCGACUUGUGCCACAGUGGUGGGAGAUGACCAGUGGGGUCAUCUUCAGGUGGAUGCCACCUCCAUUUACUUGCUCAUGUUGGCCCAGAUGACAGCAUCAGGUCUUCGUAUUAUCUCAAACUUGGAUGAGGUUGCUUUUAUCCAAAACUUGGUCUUCUACAUAGAGGCUGCGUACAAGGUGGCGGAUUAUGGAAUGUGGGAGCGAGGUGACAAAACCAACCAGGGAAUUCCUGAGCUCAAUGGGAGUUCUGUCGGAAUUGCCAAGGCAGCACUUGAGGCUAUAGAUGAGCUGGAUCUUUUCGGCGCCCACGGAGGCCCAAAAUCUGUCAUCCACGUUCUUCCCGAUGAAGUAGAACACUGUCAGUCCAUCCUGUGCUCCAUGCUGCCUAGAGCUUCAACUUCCAAGGAGAUAGACGCUGGACUCCUGUCAGUUAUUUCCUUCCCCGCUUUUGCUGUGGAGGAUCCAGAAUUGGUGGCCAUCACCAAGUCAGAGAUCAUCAGUAAAUUGCAGGGUCGCUACGGUUGUUGCCGCUUCAUCAGAGAUGGAUAUCAUUGUCCUAAAGAGGACCCGACCCGACUGCAUUACGAUCCUGCGGAGCUGAAACUGUUUGAAAAUAUUGAAUGUGAGUGGCCUGUCUUUUGGACUUACCUCAUUCUUGAUGGUAUCUUCACAGGAGACCAAGUGCAGGUGCAAGAGUAUCGAGAAGCACUGGAGGCCAUUUUGAUCCGAGGGAAGAAUGGCAUCAAAUUGCUGCCUGAACUUUAUGCUGUACCAAUUGAUAAGGUGGAAGAGGAGUACAGCAACCCCCACACUGUGGACCGAUUAGCCAUGGGGCAGGUGCCUCACAUGUGGGGACAAUCGCUGUACAUUCUGGGCUGCCUUCUAGCAGAGGGCUUUUUGGCACCAGGAGAGAUCGACCCACUCAACAGAAGAUUCUCCACAAAUUUAAAGCCUGAUGUUGUGGUGCAAGUUUGUGUCUUAGCAGAAUCGGAGGACAUCCAGAACUUGUUGAGCGAGCAUGGGAUGACGGUCCAGGUUUUGUCUGAGGUUUUGCCAAUCCGAGUCCUGCCAGCUCGCAUCCUGAGUCACAUCUACGUCCGCCUGGGGAAUUGCAAGAAACUCAAUCUGAGCGGGAGGCCUUACAGACACAUUGGAGUUUUAGGAACAUCUAAAUUUUAUGAGAUCAGGAACCACUCUUACAUCUUUACCCCACAGUUUCUAGAUCAGCACCAUUUCUACUUGGCCCUUGACAAUCAGAUGAUCGUGGAGAUGUUCCGUACGGAGGUGGCAUACCUUUCGUCCUGCUGGAGGAUGAUAGGACGACCCACCCUCACCUUUCCUAUCACCCGCAGCAUGCUAGUUGAAGAUGGAAGUGAGAUUGAUCCGUGUAUCCUAGCAACACUCCGGAAGCUGGAGGAUGGCUAUUUUGCUGGAGCGAGAAUCCAGUUGUCGGACCUCUCCAGCCUCCAAAACACUUCUUUUCACACUCGGCUGAGCUUCUUGGAUGAAGAAAACGAUGACAGCUUGCUUGUUGACGAUGAUGAAGUCGAGAGAGACUAUGGAGAAGAAUACAACCAGUGUGAGCCUUCAGGCUCAUCCGACACGUUCGAUCAGUACCUGACGCAGCUCCUCCACAGCACCACCAGCAGAUCUCACCUUCCCCCCAUCAAGAGUGGGCAGCAUCACGUGUUCAGCGCUGAACACACCACCAGAGAUAUCCUGUCUUUGAUGGCCAAGGUUCAGGGGGUUAACAUUCCUAAGUCUUCCAUGUAUCUACCCGUUGCCCCUCUCAUGAACAAGCAUCGUAAAUCUCUCAACUUGCUUGAAGUUCCUCAACCCGUGCCACAUGCAAAGCAGCACAAGUCUCGCAGUGCAACUGAUCUCCACCUCCCUCGAGACGCUCAAGGCAACACAGAUUUUGCAGCGCUAGUGAGGCAGCUGAAGGAGUGUCCCACUCUGCAGGACCAAGCAGACAUCCUAUAUAUCCUCUAUGUGAUGAAAGGAGCCGAUUGGGUGGUCGAGGUGUCUGGUCCGGGCCAAGGUUGGGUGAGUGUUCGCACCCUGUUUGAGGAGCUGUAUGUGCAAGCUGGAGCCUGUAAGGAAUGGGGGCUCGUCAGGUACAUCUCGGGAAUACUACGGAAAAGAGUGGAGGUCCUUGCUGAGGCCUGUACAGAUCUAAUUUCCCACCACAAGCAGAUCACAGUGGGUCUUCCUCCUGAACCCAGGGAAAGAGUGAUUGCAGUGCCUCUUCCCCCUGAAGAAUUGAAUGCUCUCAUCUUUGAAGCCAGCGGUCAGGACAUCAGCGUCGCAGUUCUCACUCAGGAAAUCAUGGUCUACUUAGCCAUGUACGUGCGCUCGCAGCCCGCUCUCUUCGGAGACAUGCUUCGACUGAGGAUAGGACUCAUCAUGCAGGUGAUGGCCACCGAGCUGGCUCGCAGCCUGCGAUGCUCUGGGGAAGAGGCCUCUGAAAGCCUGAUGAGCCUCAGUCCUUUUGGUAUGAAGAACUUGCUGCACCACAUCCUCAGUGGCAAAGAGUUUGGGGUGGAAAAAAGCAUGCGACCUAUCCAGUCAACAGCGACCAGUCCGGCAAUCUCUAUCCAUGAACUAGGACACACCGGCGCCACAAAAACUGAGCGCUCAGGAAUACACAAACUCAAGAGUGAAAUCAGACAGUUGGAUGGCUCCCGGCCCCUCAGUAUCCUCAGCGGCAGUCUCUCCACUUGCAGCAAUGUCACCUCUCCUCGCUCCACGCGUUGCAGCAGCCCUUCCACUCCCAGUGGGAUGUUAUCUCCAGUGGGUUCCGGACCAGGUGACGGCCAGCUGCACUGGGAGGAGCGGCAAGGUCAGUGGCUGAGGCGACGCAGGUUGGACGGAGCCAUCAACAGAGUGCCGGUGGGUUUCUACCAGAAGGUCUGGAAGAUUCUGCAGAAGUGCCACGGCUUAUCCAUCGAUGGCUACGUUUUGCCCUCGUCCACCACAAGAGAGAUGACAGCCAGAGAGAUCAAAUUUGCAGUGCAGGUGGAGUCUGUUCUCAACCAUGUUCCUCAACCUGAGUACCGACAAUUACUGGUGGAAACGUUGACCAUUCUGGGACUAGUCGCAGAUGUGGAUGUCGACAACAUCGGGGGCGUCAUCCAUGUGGAGCGCAUCCUCCACAUGGCCAACAACCUGUUCCUCAGUGACCAGAAAUCUCGCAGUGCCUGUGAUUAUUUCCUGGAGAAAGACCCAGCGACAGGAAUCUGCAACUUUUUCUAUGACAGUGCCCCCAGCGGCCGCUACGGUACCAUGACGUAUUUGUCCAAAGCUGCGAUUACUUACGUCCAGGACUUCCUGCCCAGUUCCAGCUGCCUAAUGCAAUGAAAAACUAUCUCUUCAAUGCUAGUGAAAAUUUACUCCAUAUCCUUAAUCUGAAGCUGAGGGAUCAGUCUUUGUCUUCACUAGGUGAGACAUACGGUAGCUGCUCCAGAAAGAUGUGUGAAGAGGCAGGCGCUUAUAAUAGUGAGUUAAAUUACAAAGUUGGACUAUGGAGAUAAUUCACAUUUAACUCAUUGAUUGCCAUCAUUCACAGUUAACAUGGCUAUAUGACUUUUAUAGCCAUCAUUGGUAGUGAAUGUUACAAUACGGUUUUCAAACCAGGAUCUACCAAGUAUGUGUAAAAGUGAAUGUCUGUUUACAAAAGUGGGGCAUGUGAUAGUGCAUCUGCCUCUCAGUCUACAUGUGGUGCUAGUGUCUCAUAUUAGAGGUUCUGGGUUUGAGUCCUGCCUCUUUCUUCUGUGGAAUUUGCACGUUCUGCCAUUAAUCAUAAUCUUUAACUAGUGUUGCACCGAUACCCCGAUACGGCACAAAAAUGACAACGUUGUAUCAGGGAGUACGGUACUAAGAAAUAAGAUGCCGAUGCUGUGCAAUAUGUACUUUUCGAGCUCUAUUGUAGUUUCCAACCGCUGUACGCCCUACCCAAGAUGGCCGCCAGCUAAGCACACCGCCAUAAAAAUAAGGAGCACUUGUCGCCCUUCCUAAAAUGAUGAUAGACGUACAAUUGCAUGGCGUCCAAUCAUACAUUUGCAUGGCGUCCAAUCAACCUUCUGGUGUGAAUUUCAAAGGGUUUAUAACUAGUAAACAUCCAAUCCAUUUGAAGUGGGCGGGCUGGCAGCGAAUGAACCAACGCCAGCCAUCCCACUUCAAAUGGAUUGAACAUCUAGUGCUCUCAAUGGCAGUUAACCAAUGGCUAACCAAGCAGUGUUAGUUAUUUACAGUUAAGUGGGUAUACAGAAAUUUGGUAUUAAAGAAAACUUUAUUUUUUAAAAAACGUACGGUAUUUGUGCAAUAUUAGCAUUGGCUGAUACCACACAGCAGGAUGUGGGAAUUGGUAUCAGAUGCCAAAACAUAGUAUCGGUGCAACACUAUCUUUACCCCAUGUAUCUGCUCUCGAUACACAAUUGUAACUACUUUUAUUGUGAACAAAAAUACUGUCUAUGCAUGUUACCCAGUGAGUAAAAUAUAAUAUUGGACUCCAAAUCAAAUUUAGAUCAUCCAAAAUGCUCUUGUACCCCUCAGCUUCGUACCAGGAAGAUUCCUCAACUUUUUUGAGAGUGGCGUACAUUCUUAUUAGAGCGUUACUAAUACUCAUCAGCACUGUGCAAUCACUUCCAACAAGAAUACACUUCCAGCAAGAAUCCAAUUAAAUAUCUUCUGCCUACUCUCCAUUUGUCUUGAGAUCCUUGUUGUCCAGCUUGUGCACAACUCGAAAGGCCUCCAGGAACUCUGUGAAGUCGAUGCUUCCAUCCUUGUUAAAAUCAAUGCUACGAGCCAAGUCAUCGAUAGCCCCGUUAGUGAUGUCCACCCCAAGGUGAGCGCUGAAGAGGCGCCACGUGUGACGAAACUCUUCAAUUGAAAUAAGACCUGAAAAUUCAAUCAAUAUGAAAGCACGGAUCAUUUUCACAAAUUUUAAGAAAUAGUGCAGUGCUUCUCUACCUGAAUGGUCUUUAUCUAUUAUGUUGAAUAUGAUCUCAAUGUCUGUUCGGUAACGAAACAGAGUCUCUGCCAGGUUUGGUGUGACCUAAAAAUGAGGAAAAUAGU